CUGAAAUAUGGCACUGCCUACACAAUGUGUUUCUCUAAAUCAAAUCGAAAUACUUUCAUUGAUUUAGAAAAGGAUUACCGUCCCGUGUGUGUUUUCUCUUACCAACCACAACUUCACACUUCGACUUUUCCGUGUUAGACAAUAUUUGGUGGCCAUAGAGAGCCAUUGUUAUGACUAACAACUGAAGGGUAAUAUGUGAGUAAGGCAAUGCUACAGUAGCCUACCUCAUUUUCCAUAACAGAGGGACACCAGGAAGCUGUCUUGGAAUAACCACACUGGUUGUGGGACCUUAGACCAUUUCCCUAUUUAUUGACAGUUUAUCGAACUUUCUGCCACCUGAUGGCAAGUGAGGAUGACCGCUCCCUGCGGAACCGCAGGCCGUUUUCCAUACCCAGCUCUCCGGAGCAGGAUGGGAUGAUGAGUCCCAGGGAGAGACAUCCCAAUGGAGAGAUCAUGACUAAUGGUAAAAUGGAGGUGGAGCAGAUGAUCAGCCGGAAGCUUCAACUGAAACGAGCGGCAGAGCACCUGAAGUCGGACCUGAUGAAGCAGCUGGACUCUCAAGUGAAUGACUUUGUGGACGGCCUGAUUGAGGAGUCUGCCAGUCUGGAACCUGCUCAAGUGCUGCUCUCUGACAAAGAGAGCCAGAAACUCAGUAAGAAGUCUAGAACCCCAGGAAGUCCAGGCAAAGUGUAUGUGAGCCGCCGUUCGUUGCUUGAUGAACUCUUUGAAGUCAACCACAUCCGGACAAUAUACCACAUGUUCAUCGCCCUCCUCAUUCUCUUCAUCCUCAGCACACUAGUAGUGGACUUUAUCGACGAAGGCCGGUUAGUGUUGGACUUCAACCUGUUAGUCUUUGCCUUUGGGCAGCUCCCCCUGGUGGUGUGCACGUGGCUGUGCAUGUUUGUAUCUGUGCUUGUGGUGCCGUACUGCCUCCUCAACCUGUGGGCCAGCCGGUAUCGGACCUGCAGCCACCCGACCCUGUGCUCCGUCCUGGUGGGCUCCGUGUUCAUGCUCUACCAGGGGCUGGGGCUGGGCCUCGUGCCCACGUCAGUGGUGAUCAGCAGCGGCCUCCCGCCUGCCUCACGCUUCAUCAUCAUCGUGGAACAGGUGCGCCUGAUGAUGAAAGUCCACUCCUUCGCCAGGGAAAAUGUCCCCAGAGUCUUGUCCGUACAGAAAGACAAAACCAAUGGUCCGGUCAUACCUCAGCUAACACAGUAUCUGUAUUUCCUCUUUGCUCCCACACUUAUUUACAGAGAUCACUAUCCCAGAAAUCCAUACAUAAGAUGGAGUUAUGUUGCCACAAAGUUUGGUCAGGUGCUGGGAUGUCUGUUCUACGCGUACUACGUGUUUGUGCGGCUCUGCAUUCCGCAGUUCCGCAGCAUCAGCCUGCAGCUCUUUGACCUGAGGGCCAUGGUGCUCUGCGUCUUUAACUCCAUCCUCCCAGGUGCGCUGGUUCUCUUCCUGGCUUUCUUUGCUUUCCUGCACUGUUGGCUCAAUGCUUUUGCAGAGAUGUUGCGUUUUGGGGACCGAAUGUUCUACAAGGACUGGUGGAACUCAACAUCAUUUGCAAAUUACUACCGUACAUGGAAUGUGGUGGUACACGAUUGGCUCUACUAUUAUGUGUACAGGGAUUUUCUCUGGUUAACAGAGAAGCGUUUCCGGAGUGGAGCCAUGCUGUUCGUGUUCACUAUCUCUGCAGUGGUGCAUGAGUACAUCCUGGCUAUCUGCUUUGGCUUCUUCUACCCAGUCCUCUUCUGCCUCUUCAUGUGCUUCGGAAUGAUGUUCAACUUCAUCCUGCACGACCGAAGGAAAGGCCCCAUAUGGAACGUCAUCAUGUGGACGUCCCUCUUCUUGGGGCAGGGGGUCAUCAUCUGCCUUUACUCCCAAGAGUGGUAUGCCCAGCGAUACUGCCCCAUCGAUGAGCCCUCUUUCCUGGACCUGCUAAGGCCACGAUCCUGGACCUGUCACCUGACCAGUCCACAUGCAGAGCACUCUGGGGGAUCCUGAGCCAUUCUGAUCAGAACCUACACCAGCAAGUCAAAUAUCAUCAUGAAAACAAACAAAAAAUUAGCACAAGCUGACUGUUCUCUUUGACGUGCUCUGUGCUAAAUUCUUUCAUUUUCUGACUUUAUUUUUUUAUUGCACUAUGUCUUCUGUGGAUGUCUUCAGAAUCACAGUUAUGGUCAGCUAUACAUGGCUGCUCUUAUUCUGAACUGUCAUGCAUCAGAAUGCUCUUCUCAAGUGGGUUUUUUUCUGUCUGAUGUUAUUCAGUUUUUCUAAGCCUUCUCAGUUUUUUUCCAUCAAAAUGUAUACACAUUUGGUUAUACGACAGGGAGUUUGUUGAAGUCCUAGUAUGUUUUUCACAUGUAGUGGUUCAGGCUUAAUUUGCAUAUUGAGCUCUAUAAGAUACAAUCAGUGUUGAUAAUGCUGUUGAGCCUGAUUUUCUUUUGGUCUCUUUAUUAGAGCAAUAAUGCCAAUAUGACAAUGAUUUCACAUUCACUUUUCAUUGCAAAAGUGGAAUGUGUUGCUACCAGCAGCUGUUGCCGUAUGUGCCACUGUCAGUGUGUUGCUGUCACUGCUGGCACACCGUACUGUGUAUGACACUGUACUCACUACUUGUUUUCGAUUCUUGUGUAUCAUCUUAAGAGACAAAUGGGAAUCCAUCAGAAUGUCAUAAUCCAUAUAUCUAUGGCUGACCCCACAGGCAGAUUUAGUAACAGAGGAUAGUUUGAAGUAUGAAUCAGACUAAUCACUACAGCCUUUUCCAGAUUUCGUUAAAUGAUUAUUGUGGUGUUUUGUGGUUAACCAUCCAUUUUCUCAACACCAAGUUUAAAGUGACUGCUGAUACUCUCAAGUAUGGGCCCUUAUUUUUCCUACGGAGCCCUUGAUGUUUAAAAUGUAUUUGCAAUAACCUAUGCUGCCACAAGAUGGCGAUAGAGUAUUUCAUGGAAAAAGAUAAGAUACUGGACUUGAACUGUAGUUACUGUGUGGCCCUUUUGUGAUUACACAAAUGUAGUUCUUUCUUGAGACCACACUUUUGCUACAGCAUCUUACCUUUAUGUCUGAGAUAGGUCUAUCUGUUCAAUUCUCAAAUUGAGAAACGGUUGUGUCCUACCUCAAAAUACAAUCCCCAUUUGAUGUAAUGUACUGUAAAAAUUGUGAUGUAACCAUUUUAUAAAAUAUUUUAUGUAAAUUCUAUUUUUACAGGUAAAUGUCUUCACUUGACUAUAUGACCUAGAUAAGCAACCCUUAACUGAAACUGCUGUUAUAUGUAUCUAAAAUGUAGCCUAUUGUGUUAGCGUAGAAUAGGCUACACUAUGGUUAUGCAUAAGGACAUCAAAGUGAGGUAGCCUAUUUGUAGGCCUACUCAAUUUUUCCUGUUUAUCUUUUUUCUCUUAUUUAUUUUUUUUAUUUUCUUUUAUUUGUUUUAUUUUUCUUUUAUUUCUUUUUUUCUUUUUUGCACAAGUGAAUUCUCAACAAAUAGCCUAUGUCAGCAAUCAUGUAGGCCUAAUAUUGUCUGUCUUAUAUUCAGGGUUCAGCUUAAUAUAUUUAUGAAAAAUUACAUCUAUUUGUGUAGGUACUGAGAUGCUGCACCUAAUGCUUUGUUUACUGCUGGAAAUUGCUACUUCAUCUGUUUGUGCGGAGCACAUUGAGAUUAAGAUGGUAAAAUAUGAUAUUGUGUGGUGUAUUGAGGCUAAACAAUUUGAAUACUGCUUUGUUAUAUUCUUGCCUCUCAACUGUGUUGCUUUGGUGCAAUAAAACUGCCUAUUUAUCUUCAAAGAAAGCAUAUUCAAUUAUGUUGAAGGAUAUAGGCCUAGGCCAUUUUUGUCAGUUCAGUGAUACUCUUGAGAAUCCGUUGUUCUAUGUUUG